AUGAAACAAAAAGUUAAGUUUCAAUUUUUUAUUAAAAUUAGUACGUUUAUCCUUUUAACACAGGUAUGUCAUUAUUACAAUGAUAUGCACAACAUCGAUAAAAAAUUAGAUACAAGAAAUUAUCGAUUACUAGAAAAUUAUAAACAAGAAAAUUACUUAAAAAAUAUAUUAUUAAAUUAUAGUAUUCCAAAUAUUGGGGAAUACAAGGAGAAAGAUACUUUUAAUGAUAAAAUAACCGAAGGAAAAAAUAAAAAAAGAAAUGAAUGUUCAUUAAAUAAUAUCAAAGACUAUAAACAAGCAAGAAAGGAUAAAUCAUCUAUUUACACUGGAGGAAAUUUAUAUGUUGAAAAAAGGAUACUAGAUAAUAUGUUUUUUCUAAAUAAUAUUAGGGGUGAUAUGAAUGAUAAUAAAAGGAAAUUAAUCAAGAAGAGAACUGAUAAAUAUUUAUUGAUUCUUUGGUUACCUGUGUUGCUUGUAGUAGUUGGAUUUACUAUAACUUUUUAUUUGUGUAUAAAAAAAUAUUUUGGAAGUUUACCUGAAUGGUCCAGUGAAAUAACGGCAAUUAUAGUAUUGUUUUUAACAUUGAGUAUUUUCGUUUUUAUAGUGAUUACUUUUGCCUGUAAAAAAAUUAAAAAAUAUGACAAUUCAUUACGUAAAAUUAGUAAAAUGAAUGAAAGAGAUUAUCUGUAUUUCCCUAAUGUAUAG